UAGCCGAAUUAUUGUGCAUAGUUUCCAAGAUGGCGGCGGCGGCGGCAGGUGGGGAGUUUGAAGGCCCGGAGCCCGAGGAGCCCGGAGCCGAGUCCGAGGAGCAGACCGACGACUCCUCUGGAGAUGACAAUGAGGCGGAAAUCCAGCGGCUGGAGGAGCAGCUUUCCAUCAGUGCCUAUGACUAUAACUGUCACGUGGAUCUGAUUAAGUUGCUGCAGCAGGAGGGGGACCUGGUGAAACUACGAUGUGCUCGACAGAAAAUGAGUGAUCUUUUUCCCCUGACUGAAGAGCUCUGGCUGGAUUGGCUCAAGGAUGAGAUUCGAAUGGCAAUAGAAAAACCUGACAUGGAAAAGGCUUAUCAGUUGUUUAAGAAGUCUGUGAAAGACUAUAUCUGUCCUGAAAUAUGGCUGGAAUAUGCCCAGUAUUCCAUCGGCGGGAUAGGGGAGCAAGGUGGUAUUGACCAAGCUCGUGGAAUAUUUGAACAAGCGUUAACUGCUGUCGGAUUACACAUGACGAGAGGAACUGCAAUCUGGGAGGCCUUUAGAGAGUUUGAAAAUGCUAUUUUAGGAACGUUGCAGCCACCAGCUGGCAGUGUUAUACCUCUUGAACAGCAGGAAAUGAUAAAUGCACAACUUCACCGAAUCCAUACACUGUUCAAGAGACAGCUGGCUGUCCCCUUGCUUGAUAUGGAAGCUACAUUUGUGGAGUAUGAAGCGUGGUCUGAGGAGCCUCUUGAAGCAUCUGUGAUUCAGCAGUAUAAGAAGGCCCUGCAACAGAUGGAGAGAUAUAAACCCUAUGAAGAAGCUCUGCUGGUAGCAGAGCCACCCAAGUUGGCAGAAUACCAGUUUUAUAUUGACUUUGAGAUGAAGACGGGAGAUCCAGCACGGAUUCAAAUCAUAUUUGAACGAGCACUGGCAGAGAACUGUCUUGUACCGGACUUAUGGACACGUUUUACUCUGUAUUUGGAUAAACAGUUGAAGAUUAAAGACUUGGUUCUAUCUGCUUAUGAGCGAGCUGUUCGAAAUUGCCCUUGGACACUUGGGUUGUGGAAAAAUUACCUUCUAGCAUUGGAAAGACAUGGAGCUGCACAUAAGACCGUAAUAGAUACUUUUGAAAAGGCAUUGAAUGCUGGGUUCAUCCAGGCCCUGGACUAUGUGGAACUUUGGCAAGCGUACCUUGACUACCUGAGGCGUAGAGUCAAUUUCAGCCAAGAUUCCAGUGAGGAACUAGAGGAGCUCCGAUCUGCUUUCACUCGUGGACUAGACUACUUGAAACAGGACGUAGAGCAACGAUUCAGUGAAAGUGGGGAUCCUUCAUGUACCAUCUUACAGAAUUGGGCGCGGAUUGAGGCUGGACGCUGCAAUAACGUGCAGAAAGCUCGGGAACUCUGGGACAGUAUAAUGACCAAAGGGAAUGCCAAGUACGCCAACAUGUGGUUGGAGUAUUACAACCUGGAGCGAGCUUACGGUGACCCUCAGCACUGCAGAAAGGCAUUGCUUCGGGCAGUACAGUGUACUACUGAUUACCCUGAACAUGUUUGUGACGUAUUGCUCAACUUUGAGAGGAUGGAAGGUUCUUUGGAAGACUGGGACUUAGCUGCAGAGAAAACUGAGGCCAAACUGAAUCGAGUUAAUGAGCAAAGAGCCAAGGCUGCAGCAAAGGAAGCACUGAUAGCUCAGCAGGAAGAGGAGAGAAAUGUCGACCGGAGGAAGAGUAGGGCUGAGAAGAAAGCUGCUAAAAAGGCCCAGAAACAGACAUUGUCUGGAGAGAAACGCAAAGCAGAGAAUGAGGAAUGGGGUGAAGAAUUCGAUCAGCCAAGUAAGAAAACUCGAGCUAAUGACACAGAGGAAGUGGAGGAAGACAUGGAAACGGAGAGUGGAAUUCACGGUCAUAGAACAAUUAAAAAGAUUUUAGAGACUCCGGCAUCUCAAAAACAAAAAGCAGUAGCUGCUUCCAGAAACGUUCAAAAAGUCCUUCAUGAUAAGAGCAAGGAUAAGUACACCGUGUUUGUCAGCAACCUCUCAUACUCUAUUCACAACCCUGAAGACAGAUUAAAAGAGGUAUUUGCUAGCAUUGGCCAGAUUGCAGAGGUCCGCCCCGUUUACAGCAAUAAAGGCCAUUUCCGAGGCUAUUGUUACGUAGAAUUCAGUGAGGAGAAGGAAGUUGCAGAUGCUUUGCGGCUAGACCGUGAGCUGGUGGAAGGUCGCCCAAUGUUCGUUUCACCUUGUGUUGACAAAACUAAAAAUCCAGAAUUUAAGGUCUUCAAAUACAGUACUAGCUUGGAGAAGCACAAGCUAUUUGUGUCGGGUUUGCCCUUCUCCUGUACCAAAGAGGAACUAGAAGAGCUUUGUAAAGAGCAUGGAAUCCUGAAACAGAUCCGUUUAGUCACAAACCGGGCUGGAAAGCCAAAGGGUCUAGCGUACAUUGAAUAUGAGAAUGAAGCCCAAGCCUCACAGGCUGUUCUCAAGAUGGAUGGAAUGAUGAUUAAAGAUCAUGUGAUCAGUGUUGCUAUCAGUAACCCUCCCCAGAGGAAGCCAGGAGAUAGCAUGGAGACCAGUAGUUUGGUAACUCGGCAGAUGUAUGGAGCAAGAGGCAAAAGUCGAACGCAGCUUGCACUUCUUCCUCGCGCUUUACGACAACAACCAGCACCAGAAACAACUACUGCAAAUGGUACGUGCAAGAACCAACAUGGAGACUCUACAGAGGGUGAGGCCAAAAGGAUGACCAAUGCAGACUUUGCAAAGAUGUUGAUGAAAUAAUUGGUAAUGUUUUCUUUAACAUUCUUGGCAUCUAGAUAAAUGUAAACUACUUUUACAAGAUAUUUUGAGGACUUAGGCAUUGGAACAGGCAUAAUGAACCAGGACAGCAGAACUGUAAAUAUCCUUAUGACAAAUGUUCUCUAUAAUUUUCAAACCUUCGAUGGCAUUGAUAGGUUAGUACUUCAUCUGCAGAAAUAUAUUUUUAAAAAUCUGAUGCAUUAAAUAUGGUUUGAAAUUGAGGUUCUGAAUACAGUAUUUUCAGUGACAAAGUAUGUUUUGUAACUGGUGUUGUGUUAUGAUUACCUAGAAACUCCUGACAUUUUACAUUUCUUUUGCUCAGUAACAAUGUCAAUCUGGCAGAUUACGUGGACCAUUUUAUUUUAUGAGUCUGUCUUUUGGCCAAUUUCAGUAUAUUCCUGCCUUAUAUAUUUCUGUUCCUGAUUAAAUGUUUGUAUAAAAGAGA